GUUAAAGGACAAAAAAAUAAAGCUUUUUUAAGCCAUUCUAUUUUAUGUUUUACAAUAACAAUAGUGUUAAAUCUAUCUAACAUUAUUCAGCAUGCCGAAAAAAAAAGUUAUCUUAAAGGCGAAGGUCCCAGAAAACGAGAAUGUAGAUGCACUAAUGUCCCCCUGUUUGUAUAUUAAUCCAGAUGUCGAGUUUAAAGACAUUCCUACAACGGGCGAGGAAUAUCUAUUAAAAGUUAUAAAAGAACGUGAAAAUUAUUCACAAGUAACCAAAUGUCAACAAGAUAUUUCAAAAUUUGCAAAGAAUCAGUCCUGUUUUAUAUCGGAGCUUCCACGAGCGUUUGUUCCGGAUAUUUUUAAACCAACAAUAGAAUGGCAAAACAUUCAAGUUGCAGAUUUUUCAGAAGUUCGAAUGUACAUAUCUCGUAUAAUAUCAAAACAAUCUCAAUGGUCAAGUAGCAUAAGGAAAAUAGAAAUAGAACAAGAUAAUCUAUUAGGCUGGAAAAGAUUUUUUAAAACAAAUGAACCAACUUUAUCCUGUGUUCUUGGUUUGCCAUACACAUUACUAGACCGGGCGUUAGAAAUAUUAACAGAUAUAAUUGAUGAUGUGCCACCAGGAGAAACAAUUGAUUAUAAAACAGGUCAAUGGAUAUAUGCAUUUCUUGCUUGCACAAGGCAACCGCUUUUGUCUGACACUACGAGCAUAUUAAGAAAUUUAGCUAGAAAAUGUGCAGAAAUAAGGACACACAUAGACCCAGAGCAAGAAAAUUCAAAAGAAGCUGUAGCACCAUUAAAUAUUUUUAUAUGUUUGGUAUCAAGGUAUUUUAGACAAUAUGACUUAGCCGAUUAAAUAAUAACUUCAGUAAAUA